GUCGUAUUCCAGCUGAGGAGCACUAGGAGUUAAUAGGUCUGAGUCAUGGGUCCAGCUGUGGUCACUGCUGUCCUGCUGUUGGUGGGCAUCAUCAACUCUGUGACGGCACUAAAUGACGAGGAGGUUCACACAAUGUGCAGCCACCAUCAUAUUCAUAUGUACGGCGGCUACUGGACCAGCUUUAAUCAGGGUCCCAAAAUGAGAUACUUUCAGGAAACCAAGACUUUCAAGGAGGCCAAGGCUGUGUGCCACUCUAUGCACAGCCAAAUGGUUUCAAUCCACAAUCAACAUCAGAUGAAUGUCGCAAUGUGUAUGAGUUUGUAUUUCUCCCCUCCUGUGAUGCAAGCUUUUUGGAUUGGAGCCGAGCGAUCCGGGACUGGGUUCAAGAACGAGGAUGGAACUGAAUUGAAGUUCACCAACUGGCUUCCUAAUCAACCAGACAACUGGCGAGGAAACGAGAACUGCGUCGAGGCAAAUGUUGGGGGAUGGGGAAUGUGGAACGAUGUCAACUGCAGAGUGCGGUUGGCCUUUUUGUGCGAAAAGAAGUGAUCAUUUAGAUUUGUUUGCUUUCUUUCACUCCGUGUGAAGAGCAACAGAAGAUGAACUGAGCUGCAGGUGGACCAGGCUGCUUCAGGACCACCUGCAACACAAGCGCUUACAUUCACUGCAAUAAUAAACGCUUCAGAAAUGCA